UAGCGACGUUAAUGACCGACCCAUGACGCGGCGUGGCGGUCAUGCUAACGGUUCUACGCGGGUUGUACGUGAACACGCAGCGGCGUGAUGCCUUCAGGCGCUCCUCGGACACGCAGAAAUCCCAUCAACAGAGGUGCCAGAAGUCUCUAAACUCUGGGACGAUUUUCUCAUUUCAAAGAGGUCCUAACGACGCACCCGACGGUAGCGUCCCCGUGCCGGGCCUCAGGCCGGCGGCCGAGCGGAGGAUGAUCAAGUUUGUGCUGAUGGUGAACCGGCAGGGCCAGACCAGACUGUCCAGGUAUUAUCAACCCGUGGAGCUGAGCAGGAGGGCGGCGCUGGAGGCCGACGUGGUCCGCUGCUGCCUGAGCCGCAAGAAGGACCAGUGUUCCUUUGUGGAGUAUAAAGACUUUAAACUGGUCUACCGUCAGUAUGCGGCUCUGUAUAUCGUGGUGGGAGUCACAGACGCCGAGAACGAGCUGUCCAUCUACGAGCUGGUCCACAACUUCGUGGAGGUCCUGGAUAAGUACUUCAGCCGAGUGAGCGAACUGGACAUCAUGUUCAACCUGGACCGAGUGCACAUCAUCCUGGACGAGAUGAUCCAGAACGGACACAUCGUGGAGACCAACCGGACCAGAAUCCUCGCUCCGCUCACUGCCCUCGACAAGAUGGCAGACGGCUGAGACUCCAGACCGGCAUCCGGAGGUGGAGAGUAACAGACUCUAAACUGCAGGGAAUCGAACCUGCAACCCUGUGAUGGUCCAGUCUGGACUCAGAUGCUGAUGUUGUCCAAAUGCCAAUAAAUCAAUCACUCCAACGUGAAAUAUCAGUGUCUCGUAUCCAGUCUCUCAAUCUGCUGGAUGAUUUAUGGAUUAAUUACUGACACCUCGAUGCAGCUGUCGGUCACUGUGUAGUUUACUCUGAACCGAGUGACCUGCCCCCGAGCUCGGAUUUCUGACCGGGUCCAGCAGGCACCGGUCCCGGGCCCCAGAAGUCUGAGGGUUUAGGUAUUUUAUUAACUGCAAAUGUCUCAGGAAACUGCACCACAGAGGCACAGUACACACAGGGACCCCGUAUCAGAGUCUGGAUUUAAGACCUCUGCUAAUUUGGUCAUUUGUGUCUCAUACAUCUAAAUACAAAUGACCACGAGAGGCAGUUGGUCUCUGGGCAGAUGGUAAAGCUACUUAACGUCACGGCCGCGUGUAGUUUCUUAUGUAAAGUCUCACUCACCGAGCACUUUAUUAGGAACACCCGUUAAUCAAACCAGCCAGUCAUGUGGCAGCAGUGUGAUGCAUAACAACCUGCAGAUCCAGGUCAGGAGCUUCAGUUAAUGUUCACAUCAAACAUCAGAACGAGGAGAAAAUGUGAUCACAGCGACUUUGACGUGACGUCAUUGUUGGUGGCAGACAGAUGGUUUGAGUCUUUCUGAAGCUGCUGAUCUCCUGGGAUUUUCACACACAACAGUGUCUAGGGUUUUUACUCAGGAUGGAGCCAGAAACAAAAAAAACCCAGUGAGCAUCAGUUCAUGUUGAUGAGAGAGGUCA